AUGAGUACAAUACAAAACCUCAAGAACUUCAUCCGCCAUGGGAAACAGGCCCGUAUGUCUGUUGCCCAUGGUGAGCCUACCACCAACGUCACAGCCGUCCACGCAGAAUCCCAACGAAAACAGCAGCCGCAGUAUCAGCCCGGCAUGGCCACUGGCACCCUUGAUGCUAUCGAUCAACAUCAGCGCUCGAAUAAGGCCGCAUCGGCCACUACUACGAAGAACCAGGCCAGAGCCCAUGAACAAGAGAUCGAGCAGAUUAUUGCGGAGGAGAAGCUCAACCGUUCCAAGCUGCCCACCUACCCCGGCCUAGAACGAUACGUCCUCGUUGAGAAGAUGGGUGAUGGCGCCUUCAGCAACGUCUACCGCGCGCGAUACAAGUCUGGACAGUCAGGGGAAGUUGCUAUCAAGGUCGUCAGGAAAUUUGAGAUGAGCUCCAAACAGGGCAUUGAUCACCUUCACCCGAGCAUCAAGAAGAAGCAGGUGGAGCGUGCGAGUAUACUGAAAGAAGUUCAAAUAAUGCGCCAACUUGACCAUCCAAACAUAGUCAAACUGAUAGAAUUUUCGGAAUCACCCCAAUUCUACUACAUCGUCCUCGAGCUAUGUCCCGGGGGGGAGUUGUUCCACCAGAUCGUUCGUUUGACCUAUUUCAGUGAAAACCUAGCCCGCCAUGUUAUCGUACAGGUGGCGAAGGCGAUAGAGUAUUUGCACGAGGAAUCUGGUGUUGUUCAUCGUGACAUAAAACCGGAAAACUUGCUUUUCUAUCCAGCACCAUUUACUCCCACCAAAAACCCCAAGCCACCAGCCCCAGGUGACGAAGACAAGGUUGACGAAGGUGAAUUUGUUCCUGGAGUUGGGUCCGGCGGCAUCGGAGUGAUCAAAGUUGCAGACUUUGGCCUAUCAAAGGUCAUCUGGGAUAGCGAAACCAUGACCCCCUGCGGUACUGUCGGCUAUACCGCCCCAGAAAUUGUCAAAGAUGAGCGCUACUCUAAAUCGGUUGACAUGUGGGCGUUAGGAUGUGUUCUCUACACUCUGCUAUGUGGUUUCCCGCCCUUUUAUGACGAAUCCAUCCAAGCACUGACAGAGAAGGUUGCGCGUGGGCAAUACACCUUCCUCUCCCCUUGGUGGGACGACAUAUCUAAAUCUGCGCAGGACUUAGUUUCACAUCUCCUCACCGUUGACCCUGACAAACGUUAUACCAUAAAAGAGUUCCUUGCACACCCCUGGAUUAGAGAGACAGACGAAGAGACCACUGCCGCUGAUGAUGCCCCUCCACUUGCCACCCCUCUGGUUUCCCAUAACAAGAUCCUUGAAGCGCCACUUGCUGGCAUUGAUCCCAAUGCUCGUCGCGCUGACUUCCGCUCCCCCGGUGCUAUGAAUCUACGCGAGGUCUUUGAUGUCGGAUACGCUGUUCACAGACAAGAAGAAGAGGCCAAACGCCGCAAAGCCGGUUUCAAAGUCGGAUACCGAGGCGCAGCUCUCGAUCCCCUUAGUGAAGUCGAACCUGCCGAGCAACAAGAGUAUAGCGGUGAUGACUCUGAAUUACACGGUUAUUAUGACCAUGGAGGCAACCCCAUCCCAACCAUGCCUUACAACAGAGCUCAGGGAGGUCAACAGCGGCAACAACCCACCGGAUAUAACCCUGACGUAGCUGCUGUUGAGAGCAAAUUACGUGGUACCAAUAUCAGUACAAGUCAACAAUCACAGCAAAUGAGCGCAGCUGCUCAAGCCCGUCGUGCGGCCGGCGCAACUGCUGCCAGGCAGCAACAGCAACAACAACAACGAGGCCGUCAACAAUAUCAGCAAGGCGGCUAUGGCCAACACAGCGCAGCUGUAGCAGCUGCUGCCAGAGAAAACGCAGCUCGGUCAGCACAACAGCCAUUCGAACUCAGCCUAGAUAAUGCCACAUUACUAGGAAGGAGAGGAAGGAGGAUGGCUGGACAACCCGUGUCUUGA